UUCAUGUGACAUCUGAGAAAAUUCAUCUCGACAGUAGGAAAAAAAUAAAAGCUUCAGUGCUGCCACGUCAGGAUUACAGCUCUAGAUAACCACCUGGCCGAAAUCACCACAUAACCGGUACAGAAGAGAUCAGCCCGGCGUGAACUUUCUUCAGACAUGGAGAGCAAAUAUAACUUGAAGAGUCCAGCUGUGAAGAGGCUGAUGAAAGAGGCAGCAGAGCUCCGGGACCCGACAGAACAUUAUCACGCUCAGCCACUGGAGGAUAAUCUGUUUGAGUGGCACUUCUCCGUUCGAGGACCUCCAGACUCUGAUUUUGAUGGUGGAGUUUAUCACGGGCGGAUUGUGCUGCCCCCUGAAUACCCCAUGAAGCCCCCCAGCAUCAUUCUGCUCACUCCCAAUGGAAGGUUUGAAGUUGGGAAGAAGAUCUGUCUGAGCAUUUCCGGUCAUCAUCCAGAGACAUGGCAGCCGUCAUGGAGUAUUCGGACAGCCUUGAUAGCGAUUAUUGGAUUCAUGCCAACUAAAGGGGAAGGAGCCAUAGGAUCUCUGGAUUACACUCCUGAGGAGAGAAGAGCUCUCGCUAAAAAGUCUCUUGAUUUCUGCUGUGACGCGUGCGGCAGCUGCAUGCGCUCCGCUCUGCUAGCGCUCUCUCCUGACAGUGACCCGCGACCUGUUGACCCUCAGGCACACAGACUGGCACAGCAGAUCAACUUUAAGGCUGAUUCCAGCUCAUCGGCUGCAGACAGUGGCAGUUCAGCAGCAGCAGCGGCAGCGACUUCCAGUAACAGUGAGAGCUCAGCUACAGCAGAGAGAGACACAGAAGACACGGCAUCAGCUGAGCAGACUGAAUCAUCAUCUGUGGCUCCUCAGACAUCAAGCGAGGGUCCAUCCGUUCCAGCGGCUCCGAGUCCACGUCAGCGACGCUCGCAGAACCAGAUCCAGUCCCCGAGAUACCCCGUGUUCACGGCAUCCCCCGCUGCCCAGCUCCCUCCGCAGGACGCCGGUCACACGGGUUUGGCCGUUCUCAUCGUUCUCCUCACACUCGCACUAGCUGCGCUCAUUUUCCGCAGGAUCUAUUUGGCCCACGAGUAUAAGUUUGAUUACGAGCUAUGAACUCCUCCUACAGCACUUGAAAAGCACCACUGUCGUUCUGCCCACAUCCAGAGCCUGCUCACCCUCGGCCUCAUAGGACAGGAUUUAUGUUUGUCCUUCCUGGACAGAGCUUUGUGUCUUCAGAAGGGAAAAAAGGGGGAAAUAUUUCUGAUGUAUUUGCAGAACAAAACCUGAAGGGGCAAAUCUCAGUACGCUUGUCAAGAACAUGUCAGGGUCUGAUUUCACCCCAAAAAAAAAAAAAAAA